AUGUUGGAUGAUGCGGCAUACCAUCUUCCAGAUGCUGUCCAGGCCGAUAUUUUGGAGAAAUUGGACACAUCACUUUUAGGCAUCCCAUGGGCCAAAUUCAAUACCCCGGUGCUACGCUUUGAGGCGUUUGUAGAAGAUGGGAAUAAUGCAGAUGGCGAAAGUUGCAUUUUUGAGACCAACGACCGGCUUCACCAUAUUUUCUCGCAUCGGGUUUCAAUCCGUGCAACCACGUCAUCGCAAGCAUCUUCUCGCACUAAUGUGAAUUGCGAGCCACAUUCUCAAACAGAGGAAUACCCUCAUCCAAUGAUGGCCUCGAACAAUAGUGAAGCCCGCCACCCUUCAUCGGCGUCAAGACUAUCGCGUAAGCGUCGUCACGGCGGUUUACGCCCUCCCAUGGCCACAGCUGCAAUGGACGAAAGCAUGGAAGUCCCGCGUCAAAUGCAGAUAAGCGCCGGAAACUUCCCAAAGCGCGCCAAAUUGAAACCCGACGGUGUUUUCCUUCCCAGAGAGUCCUCUCUCAGUAAAUUCAUCAUUGGUGUAUGGGAGCAGAUACAUUCGGGCCUUAUCCUGGAACCACAUAUUCUCACCGAGCAGCUCCAGCUCACUACCGCCGCAUCGACCCAUACAAGUCCCAUGAAUGAAGCUGGGAUAUCAGCAGACCUUUCUAUAGCGAGCCUCUCAGAAGGCUCGUUCGAUAUAUUCACGCGAGGGAACAUGUUUUGCCAAAGAGUCACACAGGCCAGUAGAACCUGUCGCUCCAUCGAAGUUAUCGUUCAAGCUCGCUGGAUCGAACUUUUCGAUUCCUACGUACAACAUCUGACUACUGGAAGCUCUGGAAUCUCACCCACUAAAGCCCGAAUGAAAGCGUUGGCUGAAGCCUGCACUGACUUUGGCUGGAGCGAGAAAGAACUGCGGAAUAAAAUGGCGAUUUGGCGAGGCUACAAAGAGAUCAAGGAUGUGUUGGGUUGGGUGGCUCUGGUGUUUUCUGGCAUGGGCCUGUAUCGCCUUUGCAAAUACCGAAUCGACUUCGACAAGGACAAGUUCAGUCGAGCACGAGCGUUGAGAUGCCGGAUGGAAGUCGCCGCGGAUACUCUGCACCGUAAUUGGCGUCAACUCCUGGCUAUUGUUGGGAAGUCUACGGAGAGACGUUUCACUGGCCAUCCCCACGACUGGGUUGUCUGCCAAGAUGGAUCAGAUCCGGUUCCUCUGCGAUCAACGUAUUUGCAGUACGACCCGAAUUUUAGCUUUGAACAUGUCGACGAAUGUGUUAUCGAUACCACGUGGUGGGGAGCUGAGGAUCCUCGUUGGAUGCCACCGGCUUCUCGCUCAUUAGGCAUUGCAAACAAAAACACUUGUGUAUUGUGCGACCAAGUCCAGUCCGACGAUGCCGUACUCAACUCAUGCAAAUGCUUCGCCAGCCUAUUCAGCGGACCAAGACUAACACCCGCUGUGCAAAUCUUUAGAACUUCCAACGGUCGCAACAACGGCCUACAGGCCCUCGUUCCCUUCGAAAGAGGCGUCGCCAUUGGAGAAUUCACAGGGCUCGUGACAAGGGGCAUCAAAGACCAAGACGUGCUAGAUAGCAAGGUCGGUGACAGACGAUACCAGAUAUGGCAAGGGAGGCAGGGCAACUUUACAAGGUUUGUGAAUCAUAGCUGCAAGCCAAAUGCGCAGUUUGAGAAGUUUACGUGGCUGGGGACAGAACAUAUUCUGCUGGUGAGCAACGGUAUCGAGGCUGGUAUGGAGAUCACGGUUGACUACUCUGAAAGCUACUGGAAAGGGCUGGAUAAGAAUUGUCUUUGUGGUGAAGGUUGCUGUAGGUAUAAGAGAAGUGAUGGUGGGUGA